AUGAGGCCCUCUUCUUGUCUGCUCACAGCCUUGACAAUUGCUGGAGCCAGCGCUGGUUAUGUGGGCGAGCGGGAAACGCAAUGGGAGGAUUGGGAGAAGACCGAGAAGGAAACCGUGACAGUGUGGGAAACACAAUGGGAAAAGCCAGAGACUGUCUUGGUCACGUCAUGGGAAACCAAGUGGGCCAAACCAGAUGCAAUCACGAUUUACAGUACUGUGUGGUCGACUCAAUGGCACAAUCAAUCGAUCACAGUGACAUCGACGUCGACUAAUAUCUUGACAGCGACUGAAAGCAUUUAUAUCACCAAUACGGCAACGGAGCUGUACACGGAAACCCAGCAACAAAUUGAAACCAAGACGGCGACAUCCACCGUUACCAGUGCCAAUGUGGUCCACGUGACUGAGCUGGCGACAGUGACAGAUACUGUGACCAAGUUUGAGACGUGCUCUACAACCAAGUCUCUUGUUGGGUUGGUGACGUGCCCGUCGCGUACGAUCAACCCAACCUAUACAGCACCCACUACGUUGCCAUCCAACUAUUUGUGGGGAUGCCCCCCUGGCACCAUCUGCACCCCAAAACAAAUCGACUGUAACUUUGAGCAGAAUCUCCCAAGUGAUGAAUUCGUAUGCUCUCCAGACGAAUGUCUUGCUGUCAAACCAUUACCACCACUCCCUGUGGACUGGGACCCACACAACUGUACCCCUUACUACCCCCCUGAAGGAUAUUUCAAUCUAGCACCACCCAUCUUCGGUCUCGACUAUGACAUCUUUGCCUUCAACGGCCAGCCAGGCCCUAGUUGCCCACCAGAGCCUAGUUCAACAUCGACGGGUUGGCAAGACUGGCCCGCGCCUGCUUCACAAACCCAAGGCUGGAACAGUUGGGAGCCAGCAAAGCCCAGCCGUGUCAAUGGAUGGAAAGAUUGGAAUGGAAACGGCUUUCCCCACGGUGGAAAGCCGGCGCCACCAGAGAUCACAGCGCGAGCGGUUUAUGUUGAACGACAAACCGGGCCGGAUAUGUCGGUGCCGGAUGGGUGUUACAAUGUUUGCAAUGCUGCGCCGGCCAAUGGUCAAAGCUGUGGUCUACAGGCAUCCAUACUCUGCCCUAGUAACGGAAUAUUUUCUCAACAAGUGGACGGGUGUCAAGAUUGUGUUGAUGCGCUCAAGGCUCGAGCAAUAUCAGAAGUUCCGGUGCUAUUACCGUCACUGGCCACAUUCAUCAAUUACUGCUCCCAGGCCAUGCAAACACAGGCGAGGGAGACAGAGGCGACGGAAACAGGGACGACGGAGAUAAGCACGACGGAGACAAGCUCGACUCAGACAAGCACGACGGAGACAAGCUCGAUUCAGACAAGUACGACGGAGACAAGCACGAUUCAGACAAGCACAAUGGAGACAAACACGACAGAGACGGGGGAGUUGAACCGCCGUAAUCCAACGGCAGCGGCAACUUCAACGCUCAAUGUACAACAAGCAUUGGAGACCUCGGCAUCAGGAAGCGUGGCGAGCACUGCACGCGUCGUUGCCACAACUUCGCGGCCAGCUCCAAGUCUAAGCACCGGAGCGGCGUCGAUCGGUUGCAGCACGAGUUUUCUGUUGCUGACACUCGGCGUGGGGAUUUGCGCCGGUCUAUCUUUUAGUCUGUAA